AUGAAAUUUAUUUCUUUUGUAAAGAAAAUUUUUAUCUUUAAUGUAGUCAUUUUAAUUUUAAAUAACUAUGUAAAAAAGGAAAUUUUUGAUUUUCCUUUUUUUAUAUAUUCGCUAAAAAUAAAGGGUAUUCAUAAUUCAGAUUUUAAUAAUGUCGAUGAAAAAGGAGACACGAAUGACGGUGGUACGCAUGGGGAAGAUAAUAUAAGUUCUUCUUUUAGAAACAAUAUUCACAAUGAUACAGAUAACAAGGAUGUUUAUAAUAGUGAUAGUGGGAGUAGUAGCAGCAUAGGUAUAGGAAACGGAAUCGGUUUUGGAAGCAACAUGGGUUACUAUGCUAACACAAUAAGCAGAAUAGGUCAAUUAAAUGCAACUAUAACGAACUUUUUUUCAAACGCUCUGGCAGAAGCAAUAAGGAAAAAAUAUGAAAAAGAAGCCCAGCAAGGGUUGAAUGAAAAGGAAGAUGAAAGGGUAGAAAAUAAAAAUAUUCCUAUAAUACAUACGUCCAUUGAUGAUAUUAAAAGAUUUUCUUUCGUUAAGGGAAAAUUAAAAUUGGUUUAUGUUAAAUCUUUUUAUGAUGAUAAUAAUAAUAGAAAAGAGUUAUAUGAAGGGAAAUUUCAAUUUUUCAAAGACAAGGUUAUUUAUGUUACCACCUUUGCUGUUGUGAAAAAUUCGCUAAAUGAAAAUAUUAACCAAAGAACAAAAUGGUUUAAUGCCAAUAUGAAGGUUUUACAAAAAAAUAAUUAUAACAUAACAGCAAAGUGUAAUCAAGAAAUAGAAACUGCUUAUGAAACCAUUUCAUUUAGCACAAAUGAAUUAAAGAAUUUUGAAACAUUAAGAAAAUCAUUAAAAAAUAGACUAAAUAUAACAUAUGAUAAUCUUUUUUACGACUUGAAUACAUUUAAUAGUGCUAAGAGGAAAUAUUUGGAAUAUAUAAAUUACAGUAUUAUUGAUCCUCAUUUUAUGAUCCCUGUAAGUCCAGAAGAAAAACACUCUGAAAAAAAUUAUUCUCUCAAUCUAGAUGAUUAUAUAUUGAAUGAUUUAAGUCCAUUCAAUAAUUUGAAAUAUGUAUCUCAUAGGAGGGUGAAAAACAGCCAUCAGAUAUUGUGUGACCUUGAUAAAGAUCUUACGAAGGCUGAAGACCGGUUUAUCGUGUACAAUUUCCUGAGAGACAAUAUAAUCGAAACUGAAGAAAAUGAUGAGGUUAUUAUUUUCGAGACAAGUAACAAUGGCAUAUUCACAUAUGAUGCUAAACAUUCUAAAGAAAUUAAUAUUUUAAGUGACAUGUUUGAAAUAGAAAUUUUAAUGGAUAGUAGAGGAUUUGUAAAUGAGCAUGAUAAAUACUUCUAUCUAAAUAAGUAUUCUCCUAUACAUUUUGAAUUACAAAAUAAGGCUAUUAUAAAAUACGAUUUCAUUUACUCAUGGCUAUCAAAAUAUUUCAUCCAGAGUCACAAAUAUAAAUUCUUUUAUCCAUAUUUUUAUAUAUCCAAACAGUUUGACAAUUUUAAUAUUAGAUUUAAUAGUACCAGUUUAAAUUUACCUCAGCAUUACAGUUUGGUAGAGAAGGCGCAAAAUAAAAAAAACGAUAUUGAUAAUAAUGUACGACAUGAGGAAAUAAAUAAGUUGAAGUCCAUAAAACAUAUUCAGAAGGCUGAUGCAUCAUCAUUUGUUCAAUUAAAAACAACACUACAUAGUGAUAAUGUUGGAAAGGACAACAAUGGAAAUGUAUCAAUGUAUCAUGACAAUAAGAUGAAGGAAGACAAAUAUAGCCAAGAAAAUUCUGAUAUAAGUAUUGAAAUAAAUGCGAACAAUGAUAAUUCUACUUCUAAAAAUGAAAAUUACAAUGAUAAAAACGUGUAUGAUUCUAUUCAUACUUCUUCUGAAUCGAUUAGCAAUAAGCCGGGUACCAGUGAUAUGUAUUUCAGCGGAACGCCCCAAUCAGUUAGUAGGGAAUAUGAUAUAAAAGAUAAAAAUACUAAUGUAAAGGAUAAUAUAACGAGGGAAUUUUCUAAGAAUGAAAAAAGUAGCAAUGAUAGUAAUAACUCCUAUUUUGGCAAUGUUUUUGGAUAUAUUAAAAAAGUAAAAAACAUAAUUUAUGGUGAUGAAGAAAUUAAAUCUAUCGCUGAUAGUUUUCUAAAAGCUUUAGACACAAAUCAAAAGUCCAAGACAGUACAACAAAGUAAGAAUUCGCAAAGGAAUCCCAUAUUUUUUAGUUUCGAACCGGAUGAUGAAAUUUUUUUAGAUAAUAAAACAAACAAUCAGGAAACACAGAAACUUAUAAGUACUCAUUCAUCAAACGAACAUGUUGCAUCAGGUGAAAACAAAUCUAUAGAGCAAUCAAAAAUAGAAGAAAAAUAUAGGGAAUAUAAAGAACCGAUAAAGGAUCAAUCAAUUCCUUUGACUGAAAAUACAAAUAAUGAGAACCAUCAGCCACAACAAAAAAGUGAUACUCUUGUUGAAGGAAUCCCAAGUGUAGUACAACAACCAGAGUCAGUACAAAAGGAAACUUCUUUUAAAAAAUAUGAAGAAGAUUUUAACGAUUAUUUUGAAAGAAAAUCUUUUGAAUCUUUUGAUCAAAAAUCUGAUGAACAGGAUAAUAAAAUGUAUAAUAAAAAUGGUGCAGAUAAUUUUGAAAAAAAGCAAGACAUAGAAAUUGGCCAGAUGAGUGCAUACCCAAAUUUUGAAGAAUAUUUUAACGAAAAAAAUGAAAUUAAUUCAGAACAUAAGUACGAUUCAUUAAUUCCAUUUCUGUAUAAAAUUUUUCAUGAUAAAACACUCCUAUCAGAUGAAUUGCAAAAUAGUGAUCUUUAUGAAAACCAUUCUCCUGAUAAAUCUCCUGUGGAAAAUACUUCAGAAGAAGAUAAUCAAGAAAAUUUCCCUUACUCUCACCAUAAAUUACAAUCAUCAGAAGGUAGAGUAAUACCUUCAGAGAAUUCAUUGAAGUUUUCCAGUUCUAGUGACAACAAACAAGAAGGAGAUGACAUAACAGGUGAAAGUUUGAAUGAGAAGGUACGUGGGAACAGUGAAGAUUUACCAAUGUAUAAAGAUAUAUUAGAAAAACAUGAGAAUAGAAUAUUUAUAGGUUUAUUUCAAGAGGAGACAGAAAAUAUGUUCAUAUUGAAGUGGUUAUUAGGAGAUAAUAUAUUAUGUGUUCUUAGAUCCACAUAUUAUAAGGAAUUAUACUACAACACGGUACAAAGUAACUAUUUCAAAGUAUUAAAUAUGUUCAAAUUUGGAAAUGAUAAAAAUCUGACUAUUCAGUCUAAGGACUCUCGAGGGGUCAUAAUGAAUGCAGAUUUUUACCCUUAUUAUUCAGCUAUCAAUUUUUUUUUUAAUGACAAAAAUGAUGACAACUUUGAGAAAGAAUUAAAAUCCUAUUUGCUAUUAGUUCAUUAUUUAUUAAAUUCGUUUAAUAGUCCGUGCAGGAAUUAUAAGAAUAUCAAAUAUUUUUAUAAUCACGAUACAUUCAAUGUACUUCAUGUAGCAUUUCUGAGUGAUAAAUUAUUUGAACUAGUUUCUGAAUGUGCCUUGGAAACUAUGAAUUGGGAUAUACCCACAGGGAUAAUAAGAAAAAAUGAAAGUGAAACGAACAUGUCUAUUUUCAGUAAAGCAUUAAAGGAUAUUAGUAGAAGUGUACAUCAGUAUGCUUUUAAAUUAAGAAUACGAAAAGAAAAAGAUGCAGUUCAAUUUAUUAUGAACAGUUAUAAUAUGCUGGAAGGAGAUUAUAAUGUUAAGUAUGAUUUCUUUUUAAACGUGACAUCUAGGUUGUUUUAUUUACAUGCUUUAGGUCUAGUUCAUAGAAACAUAAAAGCAGAUAACUUUUACGUUCAAAGGAGGUAUGAAAAGAAUAAAUAUGUAAAUGUUCUAUUAGGUGGUUUUAAUGAUACUAUUGAAGAAGGUAGUUAUGGGAAUUUCAUAGGAAGUGCAAUACAUGCAGCUCCUGAAAAGUUACAGUCGUACUUCAAUUCUAUCAUAUAUAAUCUAAAAAGUGAUGUUUUUUCCAUGGGUUUAAGUUUAUCUACGCUUUUUAUAAAAAAAAAUUUUUUUUUACCAAAAUUAGAAAGAAAAAUAAAAUAUCCCACCGAUAAAUAUAUAUUAAGUCUUAUUAAAAGAAACCCAAUGGUAUUAUUAUGGAUAAAAUCUUUUAAUCCAUUUUUCAGAAAAAGACUAAGUAUAUUUAAAUUUAGGUCAUAUUUAAAUGUUAGUGUGAAAUAUUUGCAAAAAAAGCUAUCAGAAAAAUAUGUUUAUAAAUGGUUUAACGAAAAAUGCGAGCUUAUGAAUUAUACAGAAGAAGAAAAACUGCAUACUCUUUUUGUCAAGGCGAAAAAUAAAAAUGUAACAAGAUUAACAACUAAUUCUGUGAAAAAGACAAUUAAAAACAAAUAUGACAAUGUAGACACUUGUUUUUUUUACAACACACAAGCAGUAAGCAUAAAAAAAUCAGAAGAUAUACAUUCAUCAGAGGAUUCUUAUACUUUUGAUACACUUAAGGAAAAAUUUUCAUCUUCAUCUAAUGAUGAAAGGGAUGGUAUUUCAUUUUAUCAAUUUCCUAAGAUGUCAAGACGUCGUGGUGUGUCUGGAUAUAAGGAAGAAAGUAGUAAUGAUAAUAAUUAUAGUACUAGUGAUGAAAGCAGUGAAGUAAGCACCGAUGAAGAAAAAACUGAUAGUAUGGUUAUUCAAAGGAAGAAAUCACAUUUAACAAAAAUUUCUAAGCAUCACAAUUUUGAUGAACCUAAAAAUAUGAAUAAGGAGUUUCGAAAAACGCGGAAAAAUGAUAAAGAUAAUAUUUAUAAUAUACCAUUUGGUAAAAGUUUUGAACAUAAAAUAAAUUACUCGCAACUAGAUGCAUAUAAUAUGAAGAAAUAUACGAAUGCAUGUUACUAUUUUAAAAACAGAAUCAUAGGUACUGUAAUGAAAACCUUUUCUAUUGAAUUUGAACCUUAUAGACCUGAUAUAUUUGACAUGUAUUUACUUAACAAACAGAAAUUGAUACAUUUGGUAGAUAAGGAGGAUAAUGUUAAAAAUUUAUUACCAAUUUUGCAAGGUUUUUCAAUACCUGAUACUAGAGCAAUAUUAAAGGCGAGAAUAUAUGAUAAAUGGUAUAGCGUUAAAAAAAUGACCUUGUUAAAAUCUUUGCUAUUUUAUGGCUAUUUUACCUUGCACGAACGAUUAUCUUACGAAUUUAAAUUAUAUGAAUUGCAGAAUUUUCCCUUAGACGAAAAGAACAAUGAUACAUUUGAAACUAUUAUACAUAGAUGUAUGGAGAGAGUAAAUUUCAAUGAAUUCAGUAAUUUAUUGUUGUCUCAAUACAUUUAUAAUAAUUAUCAUGAGGGAAAUUUAUACACUAGCAUUUCCAUAAAUUUGUAUGCUGUAAAUGAAACUGUGUACAGUAUUGACACGAACAAGAUAAAUAAUAGAUUGAGGCGUUACAUAAAGCAAACACUUAGUAAUAUUGAUUUUAAAAGUGCACAGAAUUUUUUAUUUUACAUGAAAAGAAAAAAAACAGAUCGAGAUAUAGACGAGUUAAAAUUAUCUCCACUAAAAUUGGACAACUCAGAUUAUGAGGUAAUCUAUGAACAUAAUAUUCCUCUUAUAAAUAAGUUUGUUAUAAAAUUAGACAAAUUUGUAAUAAAAAAUAUGAACACAAAUUUAGCUGCACUUUUUAAUAAUAUGUUUUGGGGAGUGAGUGAUAAGUGUAAAUGUGUGAAUUAUACUCAUCUACAAGUGAAAUAUGCAGAAACCGAUUUAUUACAAGGAUAUACAAAUAAAAAUCAGGCCAUUGAUUUACAUAAACCUAUAGGAACUCUUAUAAAAGAAAUAAUUAAGGAAGAACCUGAAUUAUCUCUUAAUCCAAAUGAUUUAUUUAUAUUGCAAAAUUUUAAACCUGUGAAUAUUAACCUAGAUGUUAUUCUUAGAAAUAGCUUACAUCUAAUUGAUAGAAAAACAUUAAUAAAAUGCACGAAAAGGUUAGGUAAAAUUGGACAUGUUUAUACUCCAAAUAUUUCAAGUAGUCGAAAAAAUGAAACUAUGAAAAUAAAAAUAGGAUUGGGAUUGGGAUCGGGAUCGGGAUCGGGAUCAUCUAAAUAUUUUUAUUUGUCUUUUAAUAUAUCAUUGCUUAGGUCAAAGGAAAUAACUUUGAAAAAUUUAAUUUAUUUUAUAUACAAAAAUUAUAAAUCUAAACUAGAUAAAACUGUUAUGUAUAAAAAGGUAGGAAGUAAGAUAAAACGUGCAAAUUUCAGUUGCUUAUCAUUGAAUGAACAAAAUACAUUUUUUUACAAUAAUGUCACAGGGACACUUAUUAAAGAAUCCUCGUUUAAUAAAGUCAUCUCGGCACUGUAUAACAUAGAAUUAAUGAACCCCUCUUAUAUUAUUAAGGCUUCUCUGAAUUAUUACAAUAACAGGAAGGAGAAUUCUAUUUUGUUGACCUUAGUAACAAUUUGUAAUGCCGUUUAUGAAAAAGGGAUAGAAAGUAGUACUAAUGAAUCCGAGUCUUUGCAGCAUUCCUCAGAUGGUAUAUAUUCUGAGGGGACUGGGGCUUAUGAGCCACGUAAUAAAAAUACUAAUGAGGAGCGUAGAAGUUCGGAAAAUACUAAUGAGGAAUUCAGAGGUUCGGAAAACACUAAUGAGGAAUUCAGAGGUUCGGAAAACACUAAUGAGGAAUUCAGAAGUUUGGAAAACACUAAUGAGGAGCGUAAAAGUUUGGAAAACACUAAUGAGGAGCGUAGAAGUUCGGAAAACACUAAUGAGGAGCGUAAAAGUUUGGAAAACACUAAUGAGGAGCGUAGAAGUUCGGAAAACACAAAUGAGGAAUAUAUAAAUGACGACCGAGACGUAGUUUCAAGAAAUAUUUCGUUCAUUGAGAGACGACAAAAAAAUAUGAUAAGAGUAUAUCAUAAGGAUGGUACUUAUCACUAUGGAACUGUGGAAUGUCUACAUUUUUUACAUAAGAAAGUCGUACACUUUUUUCAUGAUAACAACACAACAAAUGUUUUUGAUAAGAUAACUAUUCCAUCAGCGUAUAUAUAUAUAGCUAAAAAGAAAAAGUUAAAAAAUGAAAAUUUCAAAUUCACUACUAACACAAUAAAUUUUAAUAUCGUUUCCAACAUGAUGAAUUUCCAAAGAUAUGAAAAUGAAAUGUAUACUUUGGCUGAUUUUAUGCAUCUAAUUGUGCAGUGGUUGGUGUUACAAAAGCCGCGUGGUGAUAGAAACGAAUGCAACUCUUUGGCUAGUAGCCAUAGUACACAAUUUGAUAUGGUGUUAAGUAUAACUACAGAAACAGGAAUAAAGUAUCAUCUAUAUAAAAAUGAUCAAGGCUUGAUAAAAUUUUUCUUUUACAACGUUCUAAUGGAUUACGAAUUUAGUGAAUACACAACUGAGAUUAUAUCAUCAGCUAUUAAAUCAUAUAAUAUGAAAAUAUAUUUUCUUUUAAAAGAUGAAAUCAGCGGAAUAUUUCCAGAGCUACAAAGUUUUCAUAAAAUCCCAGAACAGGUCACUCCCUUCCACCCAUUCGUCAACUGCUUAAAAGGGUUAAGAGGAAAAAAUGUAACCCUAAUUGGGGAUGAACCAAAUCAAGGGGUGUACGUUUCCUUCAUAUUAAAAUUUAUGAACAGAAACAUUUUAUACAGAAUGACGAAAGAUGCAUUUAACAAAAUAAUAUACAAUUUCAAUGACGAAGAAGUGCGCGAAAGUAAAAAACAGGAUUUACAUAAUCACGUUUUAUCUCCCUUGAUCGAAAUACAAGAUAAAUUUCGACAUGUAUUUUUAAACGAAUUAAGCUAUUAUGUCAACAUUCCUACUCCUUUAAGAAAAAGUAAAAAAGCAUUUUUAGUUACAAUGGAUCAGAAAUUUUAUGAAAUUUUAAAUGAUAAAUGUAAAGUAAAUGAAAGAAAUUGUUCGUACGCUGUAGAAGAAAUGAUUAAUAACUUAGACCGCACAUUUACGAAACCCGUUUUUGUUGUUAAAAAUGUCAUGAGUUUCUUUCUGAGGAGAAGAAUUCGUGCUGUUUUAAACAGAAUAAAAGACACAAUAGUUAGCUAA